AUGGCUGACACUUUUCGAAAACUCGACUCCCAGACAGCAGACGAGACCCUCCUGGUGGUCACCUCUGCAGUUUGCUGUGCUGGCACCAGAAAGGGCCAACAGAAGGGGAAGAAAACCAUCUCCAAGAGUGUCUUCCUGGCACUAGCCCUGCUGGUGGUUGUCACCGUGUUCCAGCGCAGCCUCACCCCCAGCCAGUUCCUCCAGGGUUCCCCGGCUCUCCAGUUCAGGCUGCAAAAACCCAGUGGGGCCUCAUCGCAACCCCAGGACUUCUGGAAGACCCCCCAAGAUGCGGUCCCCUCCACGCCCACAGUGGAGACAGCCUCUCGGGGGCCGCAGGCCUGGGAUGUGACCAGUGUCAACUGCACGGCCAACGUGAACCUGACGCAGCAGCCGUGGUUCCAGGGCUUGGAACCUCAUUUCCAGCAGUUCCUCCUGUACCGCCACUGCCGCUUCUUCCCCAUGCUCCUGAAUCACCCUGAAAAGUGCCAAGGCCCCGUGCACCUGCUCGUGGUGGUGAAGUCUGUGAUCACACAGCAUGAUCGGCGGGAGGCCAUCCGGCGCACUUGGGGCACAGAACGGGCAUCAGCCGGGCCAGGGCUGGGCGCAGUGCGUACCCUCUUUCUGCUGGGCACCGCAUCCAAGCGUGAGGAGCGGGCCCACUACCAACAGCUGCUGACCUACGAGGACCGCCUGUACGGCGACAUCCUGCAGUGGGACUUUCUGGACAGCUUCUUCAACCUGACCCUCAAAGAGACCCACUUUCUCAAGUGGCUGCACAUCUACUGCCCCGAUGUGCACUUUGUCUUCAAGGGGGACGAUGACGUCUUCGUCCACCCUGACAACCUGCUGGAGUUUCUGCUGGACCGGCAGCCCCACGAGGACCUGUUUGUGGGGGAUGUACUGCAGCAUGCUAGGCCCAUUCGCCGCAAAGACAACAAAUACUAUAUCCCAGUCAGCUUGUACCCCAAGGCCAGCUACCCGCCUUAUGCGGGUGGAGGGGGCUUCUUGAUGGCCGGCGGCCUGGCCCACCGCUUGCACCGGGCCUGCUCCACGCUGGAGCUUUACCCCAUCGACGACGUCUUCCUGGGCAUGUGCCUGCAGGUACUGGGUGUACAGCCCCGUGCCCACGAGGGUUUUAAGACCUUCGGCAUCUCCCGCAACCGCCACAGCCGCAUGAACUCGGAGCCCUGCUUUUUCCGCUCCAUGUUGGUGGUACAUAAGCUGCUGCCCGCUGAGCUGCUGACCAUGUGGAGGCUGGUACAUGGUAACCUCACGUGUGCCCGCCAGCUGCAGGUGUUCUGAGCUCCCCAGGGAGCCCCCUUGGGGAGGGAGGUGCAGAGAACGCCAGAGAGGGGUCUCCCACGAAGGUUUUCUCCAGUGAAGGAGAGUUGAGGCCCCAGAUCCUCCAGAGAAGUGGCCAGACCCAGGAAGGAAAGGUUUGAGCUGGAAGUAGGGGAGGGCUGGCUGCCUGCCUGCCUGUUACAGGGGCUGGAUCUGCGGACAUUCCUCUCUUCUUGAGAGAUAAGGGGUUCCCUCACCCAGUGGUCCUCUCCCCAGAUGCUCAAGCCUGUGCUGGCUCACAGGUGCUCCUACCCAAGUCUCCCCAUGGUGCCUUGGCACCCACUGGCUCCGUCCUGGAUGUCCCACAGCCUCGAUGGCCACCCCAACUACCUCAGUGACCCUCAGAACCUCCAGAGAGUGUGGGCGGCUGCCCCACCCACCCACAGGCAGAAGAGCAGUGCUCUGCCCCCCCCAACCCCUUACAAAGUGUGGUCAGGACCUCCUGCAGCCUCUCUGACCCCAGCCCAGAAUCUGGAUGUUUCUCCAACUGUGAAGUGUUAUUUAUGAAGAACCAAGAGGAGGGAAGGUGCUAGGCGUCCUCCUGUCCCUCGUUUCAACAAACCACCUUCUCAGCCACUACUGAAUACCCCCCAAAACCCGGCAUCCCCCUUCAGA